GUCGCAUUCGACACAGCUGCACUGCGGGUGCGGUGUUGCAAGUUGUGAUUUAGCAAGAGAACAAGGGUGCACUGCACUUGUACUUUGUUUUUGAAACUGAAAUUGGACUACAAACCUCGCAUCUACUGUGUUUAUAGAAAAUUGAGAUGGGGUACGACGUUGGAAGGUUUCAAGGCUCUGUUGAUGAAGAGUUGAUAUGUCCAAUCUGCUCUGGAGUACUAGAAAUACCUGUGCAGGCGCCAAAGUGUGAGCAUGCAUUCUGUAGGGCAUGCAUAAUGGAAUGGUUGUCCCGCCAGGCAACAUGCCCUGUGGACAGAAUUGCUAUUUCUACCAGUGACUUACAACCUGUUCCAAGAAUUUUGAAAAAUUUAUUAGCAAGACUUGUGAUUUCCUGUGAAUAUGCAGCCAGUGGCUGCACUGCAAUGGUGAAAUUGGAAAUAUUAGACUCUCAUGUCCAAGAUUGUGAGCAUAAUCCAAGAAGACCUGUUUUGUGUGAUCAGGGAUGUGGUCUUGUCACUCCUAAAGAUGAUUUAAAAGAUCAUAAUUGUGUGCGUGAAUUACGUUCACUAAUACAAACACAACAGCAGCAAUUGACUCAGUUGGAAGAAGAAGUUGUUGAUCAAAGUGUUUCAAUAAACGAAAUCAAAAGGGAACUUAACUAUUUGAAGGAAUUUGUAAGAGCUAUGCGAUCAUCCCACCCUGCCAUGCGUGCAAUUGCAGAACAGUUUGAAAAAGAUGAAGUCAAGAGAUGGGCUUCUACACUAACAAAAGCUAAAGUUUCUCGUUGGGGUGCCAUGAUAUCCACCCCUGAUGAGGUUCUUCAGGCCAUGAUUAAAAGAUCACUUUCAGAGUCUGGUUGCCCUCUACACAUAAUGGAAGACCUCAUGGCAAACUGUCAUGAACGCCAUUGGCCAACUGGACUUGCCUCUCUGCAGACUAGACAGAGGCAAAGAAGAGAAUAUGAUAGCUAUGUCUGUCGCAGAAUUCCAGGAAAGCAGGCUGUUCUUGCAUUAGCUUGUGACAAUACACAUAUGUCUGAGGAAAUGAUGAGUGAGCCAGGACUUGUCAUGAUAUUUGCUCUGGGCAUAGAAUAGAUAUGGGUAUUAUCUAAAGCAUUCUUCUCAAUUUUUGUCCAAAAAAGACUUAUUUGGUUCCAUGGAAUUUGCCAAUAAUGUUAUGCAUGCGACUAUCAGUUGCACCUAUAACUUAUAGCUAAGAACUUGUGACUUUAAUUCACCUAUGUACUGUCUAGUGUCUACUAUUGCAUGAUAUGACAAGUUUUUGAUGUUUAUUGAUCUCCUAUUACUAUAUUGUUAUUGUAAGCAAAGGCCAAAAAUUUGUAGAACAGUGAAAUGAUCAUGUCUGUUAAGUUCUGUUUUUAUUGGGUUUAAUGGUCAAUUGGAAAAAUUGAACCUCAUUAUCACAUGUCUUUAAUCAAAAUUGUUCCCUAUUUUUACUCUAAAUGUAACAUUCUGGUUGGUUUUUGAUUGGUCCAAACAUUUUUUAAAUUUUUAAAUAGGAAAUGCAUCACAAUAGAAAAUUUGAGUUACAUGUUAGAACUGUAAAAAUAGGAAACACAUGAUCAGUGGCUGUUUAUCUUAUUUUGCUAAGAUGUGUGUAGUUGUUUGGGGAUUUUGAGACUAGAGGCCAAUGGAAAUGGUAUGAGUGAGUUUUGACAUUGUGAUAGUAAAGUAGAUCUAGUGAACAUAUUUUUAAGAUAACUGUUACUUUUGACUGUGCCAUUUUUAUGCUGCACAUGUUUUUCCUAUAUCUGCCCGGUGCCAGUGGCUAAAUUGUUAAAUCAUGUUUAAACUGUCCAAUCUUUUUUUUUUUUUUAAGAAAUUAAAUAUUUUGACAAUGUUUUAAAUAAAAACCGCGUUAGAAACCAU